AUGGAUCAAAGUUCCAUAUUUCAACAAGCACUAGAAGAAUGCAAUAUUGAUGUUUUAACAGGCGUUUAUGUCCCUACUCCAGCUCUAACUCUACGUAUUCCAAAAAGUAAAAUUAUAUCUGUAGAACCUACAGAAAGAUUUCCUCUUGAUGAACCUGAUAUCAAAGAACCUGUAUUCGAUGAUUUGAAAGAAGCUUUUCUAUCAGCAUCUUUAGAAAAAAUCGUUAUGAGCCGAAUGAAAGCAAAGAAUUCUAAAAACUCGGGUCCAUUAUUGUAUUCAGAAAAAAUAUCACCAUUACCUAAUGCUGAAGAGUUUGUUUUAUACAAAAGGCAAAAAGCUACUCAAUUGGCCAAAGAAUGUAAAGAUGACGAUUUACCUGAGCCGAUUCAGCUUUGUACUUUUCCUACGUGCCUAAAUACGGCAAUUCCAACAUAUAAAUUCUGUAUUAAUCAUCUUCCUUUGGAUCCGAAUUUUAAUGACCAACCAUUCUUUGUCAAAUGUCCACAAUGUGAGCGUAUAGCGCAAGUCGGGGACGAAAAAUGUGUGUUUCAUAAAAAAUAA